AUGUACAGAAAAACCAAGCUGCGAGAGCUUCCUCAGUUUAGGGCUUCAAUUGACAUGGAAAAACCAGUGUUCAAGCUAGGGUUAUCAUUUCCAAAUGGGACAGCUUUUAAGCAAGCAAUUAGGGAGUAUGCAAUCCAAAAUGGAAUGGACAUUUUUUUUAAGAAGAAUGACCCUCAUAGGAUUAGGGCUCAAUGUAAAGGUGUUGACUGUUCAUGGGUUUUUAUUGCAUCGAAGAAUGAUGACACCACCACAUUUAUCAAAACUUAUAAUGAUGAACACAAAUGUGCUAGAAAGAAUACAAAUAGAUUUGCAACGUCUAGAUGGUUGAGUCGGAAGUACAUGAAUGAGUUCAAGAUGAAUGAGAAGUGGGGAAUCUCUUCUUUCAUGCACAAGGUUAGUAAGGACAAUGUCAUUGAGAUUACACGGGACAAAGCUUAUAGAGCUCAGCUGAUGGCAACUAGAGCAAUUGAAGGGAGCUAUGAAGAGCAGUAUGCUUCUCUUUGGGAUUAUGCAGAGGAGAUUAAGUGGACCAAUAGGGGUUCAACUGUUGAGUUUUUGACAGAAGUUGGUGAGAAUGGUAAGCCACGUUUCAAGAGGAUGUAUAUUUGCUAUGCUGGAUUAAAAGAAAGUUUCAAUGAGGGUUGUAGACCUUUAAUUGGGUUGGAUGGCUGCCACAUUAAAGGUGUACACCCAGGAAAACUUUUAAGAGCAGUUGGAAUAGAUGGGAAUAACCAAAUGUAUCCUAUAGAAUUUGCUGUUGUUAAGAUAGAAAAUAAGGAUUCAUGGAGCUGGUUUCUGGACCUAUUGAAGGUGGACUUUAAAAUUGAAAACUCAAACCAUUGGAGCUUUAUUACAUACAAGCAAAAAGGUUUAGAGCAAGCCUUGAAUGGUUUGUGGGAUGAGGGUGUACCUAAGGCCGAGCACAUGCAUUGUGCAAGGCAUCUAGAGAAUAAUUUCAACAAAGUUUUCAGGGAUAAAACCUUGAAAGACCUUUUAUGGAAAGCUACGAGAGAGGUAACCAUUAGGGGAUUCGAAGCUAUGAUGUUGGAAAUCAAAUCAAUUGAUGAGGAAGCAUACAACUAG